UUAAUGCCAACGUUACGCUAAUGUUCCACGUUGUAGGAUUGACGAUUGCGUUGCUGUCCUUCCACGUCGCAACUAGCGAUGGUAGCCGGUCGUGUUGUUCCGAGGCAGUGUAGUCGAGUGGUGAUUUAAAGUGAGUGUUCAGAAAGUGGGAUAAACUGCUUUUUCAUAACAGAAAAGUUAGAUUUAAGGCAACGCAACGAAAUGAAGAAGUUUAGCGUUUUUUUAUUAUUUUUUAUUUCCACGAUUACUUUCACAGUAAACAGAGUUUAUGCUCAGGAAGAUGAAAAUAUAGAUGAUAUUGUGGAUAUUGAAGGGGAAGAUAAUUCUGUAAUAACAGAUGAAGAAUCAGAAGAUGAAACAGCCACUGUUUCAUCUGAUGCUGAUACAACUAUAUUGUUUACUAAACCAGUUUAUAAUAGAUUAUCAACAUUAGAAUUACCAGCUGGAAAUUUAGUUGAAUUUCUUGUUGGUUUCACCAAUAAAGGUGAAUCUGACUUUAUUCUUGAGUCUUUGGAUGCCUCUUUCCGCUAUGCUAUGGACUUUAACUUUUAUAUUCAAAAUUUCUCGACCGUUACAUAUAAUAAAAUUGUAAAACCAAAACAUGAAGCAACAUUGGCAUAUUCGUUUAUUCCAUCUGAAAAUCUUGCCGGAAGACCUUUUGGUUUUAAUAUCAAUUUAAAUUAUAAGGAUGCUAAUGGUAUUAGCUUCAAUGAAGCUGUUUACAAUGAAACUGUACAAAUAAUAGAAUUGGAUGAUGGUCUUGAUGGAGAAACAAUUUUCUUAUAUGUAUUUCUGGCAGCAUGUGUGAUAUUGACACUAGUAGGAGGACAACAACUCCUUUCAUCUCUUGGUCGUAAAUCUCGAUCUUCUAAUACUCGCAAAACACCUGUUGAAAUGGGUACAUCCAACCCUAACAAUGUAGAUUACGACUGGUUGCCAAAAGAGACAUUAAAUAGAAUUAAUAAGUCUCCUAGAACUCCAAGACAAAGUCCUAGGCAACGAAAGUUUAAGAGAACUGAUGAUUAAGUUAUGUUAAUAUACGUGUGCGUGAUUGUCGUGUGUAAAUAGGAAGUAUGAUUUUACAUUUAUAUAUUGUAAUAAUUCUUUUGCAACACAUUCUCACAUUUUCCAACCCGUGAUAUAUUAAACUAAAAACUGUGUCUCAUUCUUAUUGUGCAUUUAAAAUAUUGAAAACAAAUGUUUUACAUUACAUUUCAUAAUGGAACAUUUUAAAAUAAAUUUUAUAAUUUAUUUUUGGUGUUGUAUAAAUAUUGUUAAAGAGCAAAAGACAACAAAAUAUGAAUCCUUCAUAUUAAAUAGUAUUAAAAAUUUUUCAUACAUUAUUAGUAUAAACUAUAUGAAUGUAUGUACAUUUUAUAACCACUGUCAAUUUUGUUAUUGAUUAAUAUUUCUAAAUUGCUGUUACGCCAAUAAAACAGUUUUGUAUAAA